GCUUAAGUACACGUAACGUUACUGUACAAGUCAUCGUAUGACAUAGGAGGAAGUGAAGGCAGCAGUUGCAAGAUAUAGUAAUUUUGCCAGCUAAUCUUAGAUACAUUUUUUUAUCCGAGAAGAUAUGUCAGCAAGCAUGCAAAUUAAGAUUGGAAUCAUUGGAGGCUCUGGCCUUGAUGACCCAGACAUAUUGGAGGGAAGGACCGAGAAAUAUGUAGACACACCUUAUGGAAAGCCUUCAGAUGCCCUUAUAAUGGGGAAGAUCAAAAAUGUUGAAUGUGUGCUCCUUGCAAGGCAUGGGAGACAGCACACCAUCAUGCCAACCGACAUCAACUACCAGGCUAACAUCUGGGCGUUGCGAGAGGAGGGCUGCACACAUCUCCUGGUCACCACGGCCUGUGGUUCCCUCCGGGAAGAGAUCCAACCAGGAGACAUCGUCAUCAUCGACCAGUUCAUAGACAGGACGACAAAGAGGGCCCAGACGCUGUACGACGGGCGGCCCACCAGUCCUCCAGGCGUGUCUCACAUCCCCAUGGCUGAGCCCUUCUGCACCCGGACCAGAGAGGUGCUGCUGGAGGUGGCGCGCGGCCUGGGGGUGAAGUGCCACCCGCAGGGUACGGUGCUCACUAUCGAGGGCCCUCGCUUCUCGUCGCGUGCCGAGAGCCUGAUGUUCCGCCAGUGGGGUGCCGAUGUUAUUAACAUGACCAGCGUGCCCGAGGUGGUCCUCGCCAAGGAGGCGGGCCUUUGCUACGCCAGCAUCGCCAUGGCCACCGACUACGACUGCUGGAAGGAGCAUGAGGAGGCUGUCUGCGUCGACAACGUCCUGAAGACUAUGAAGGAGAAUGCCAACAAGGCCAGCAGUAUCCUGCUCACUGCUAUCCCCUUGAUCUGCAACCAGGAGGACUGGACCCACACCAUAAAGGCUCUGAAGGCAACAGCGCAAUCCUCAAUAAUGCUACCGAAACAACACUGAGAACCACCGAAAAGCCCCUCUUCACCCCUGUAUAUCAGAGAAUGACUUGCAACACACCAGCCACCAAUACCAACAAUGGAUUCAUCUCGCUCUCUCUCGAUUCCUCAUCAGUGAAUCACAAUAAAGUGCCUGAUAUGCAUGUUUUCAGUACUGUACAUUUGCCAGGAUUUCACAACACAUUUGAGUAACAUUACAUCGUUUGCCAGAAGCAUACCAUCCUGAAUCCCACUGCUGGCUUGCCUCUGAAGCUACGCAGGUUGUUCAUGGAGGGGAGACCAGAUGCUGCUGGAGGGUGAAUAGGAGGCAUUCUUCUGGUAAAAAAAAGCUCCCAAGGCAGUGAUUGGGGAAAUUUCCCUGUGUAUGGUGCUGUCUUUCAGAUUGGAUGUUAAAUAGGUGUCAUGACUCUGGUCACCUAAAAGAUUCCUGCUAAAAUAAGGGUAAACAUUUCUCUAUCUUUAUUACAUUGUCAGUAUUUCACUAUAGUUUGUAUACUGUUCAUUUCAGCCAUGUUUUCAUACUGUAGAUACUAAAAUGUAUUUAAUUACUCAUUAAAGUAUGUCUUCUGAAAGGUUAAA